UCAGGACUCAGAGUGGGACGCCUCAGGGUCGAGCGCAAAGCCGGUCUUGGUGACACCCGCUGAGGGCUGCGGGCUUCUGACGCCGAUCCUCCGACGGGAUUUCCUUCCGCCUUAGGGUUUGGGCCGACGCUGGAGUACCUCCGUGUCUACGCCCGCCCCCCGCGCGCCAGACGUGCUGCAAUCCGGCGUCGGCUGCGCGCGUCAUGACUUCCGGUCGCGGCGCUCGCCAUCUUGCUCGCGCUGAGGCACCGCGGGGUGGGAGCCCCGAGGGAGGCGCGGACGGUGCGGCCGCCAUGCCGUCGUCGCCGCUGAGGGUGGCGGUGGUGUGCUCGAGCAACCAGAACCGGAGCAUGGAGGCGCAUAACAUCCUCAGCAAACGAGGAUUCAGCGUCCGGUCAUUUGGAACAGGAACUCAUGUGAAGCUUCCAGGGCCGGCGCCCGACAAGCCAAAUGUUUAUGAUUUCAAAACCACCUAUGAUCAGAUGUACAACGAUCUCCUUAGGAAAGACAAAGAACUCUACACCCAGAAUGGCAUUUUACACAUGCUGGACAGAAAUAAAAGAAUCAAGCCCCGGCCAGAAAGGUUCCAGAAUUGCAGAGACCUGUUCGACCUGAUCCUCACCUGUGAGGAGAGAGUAUAUGACCAGGUGGUAGAAGACCUCAAUUCCAGAGAGCAGGAGACCUGCCAGCCAGUGCAUGUGAUCAAUGUGGACAUCCAGGACAACCACGAGGAGGCCACUCUGGGGGCCUUCCUCAUCUGUGAGCUGUGCCAGUGUAUCCAGCACACCGAGGACAUGGAGAACGAGAUUGACGAGCUGCUGCAGGAGUUCGAGGAGAAGAGCGGCCGGGCCUUCCUACACACCGUGUGCUUCUACUGACACCGCCAGCCCUGGAGCCUCUACUGAUACUCCCUCCGCCUCCACCUCCUCCAUAGUUGUUUUUACUUUUUAGGGCGCUGCUGGUUGGUCACCGGCAUUUACCCAAAUAGACUGUACAUAUGAAAUGAGCAGAUAUACAUGAAUAUCAGGCUCAAGACAAGCUUUCUAUCCUAAAUUUACCUAUGAGUGGGAUGUUGAUUAUAUAAUAUUUUUGUUUUUUGUUUCUUUAAACAAACCAAAAAAAAAAAAAAAAACGGUUUACUGUGCAUUUCCCUGUCCCUGUGUCUUUUCCUAUGCGUCUUCCCCAGCGGCUGGAAUGUUAACAUCCGGAAUAAACGAGCUGCCACCGUC